GAGUCUCUUCCGGGAGUCAAAAACACAUUGGCUACCUUAAAAUGAAUUGCAGAUGAGCAGCCAUGGGGUUGCUAUAGGGACCAGUUGCUACUAGCAACCGGAAUACUGACAGCAUCCCAAAGAAAAUGUAUGCGAUGAAAAGGCUCUUCCAGGCUCAGUACCGAACGGCGGAGGGGGGGUACCCAGAAUCUCUUAUCAGGGGGCGAGGGGUCCCCAAAGAAGGAUGCAGCCCUGCCGGCUGGUGAGUGGGAGAAUGUAGGUAUCGGAGAGGGGAGAGGGAAGACCGAAGUUCCCCAUCAACAGGUUUCACAAAGAGGAGCUGCCCCAGAACGCACAAUGUAUCUGGCAAUGACGGGGGAGAUUUUGAGCACAACCUUCUCAGCGUCAGGCGAUGCCCUCCCUGUCUCCUCCCUCACCUUGGAGCAAAAAGCGGCUUUUGUCUUGGUCUUUCUGCUUUUUAUCUUCCUUGGCCUUCUCAUCAUCCGCUGCUUCCGGAUACUUCUGGAUCCCUAUCGGAGCAUGCCCUCAUCCACCUGGACAGACUAUAUGGAGAAAGAUACGUUUGAUUAUCGCUGGGCCUAAGGGCAUUAGAUGUUCUAUUGCACCUUGGCCUAACGGUGUUACAUGAAUAGGAAGACAGUGAAGACUGCUGAACCUAAUGGAUGGAUGAUGCAUUUCCUUUCUACUCAACCUAGUUGCAUUACAUGGAGACUGAGAAGUCCUUGACCUACUGGCCAAACAGCAUACACAUUGAUGGACAUGUUUGAUUAACACUUGGCCUAAUGAAACGACAUUUUGAUGGACACAUUUGAUUACUGCUUGGUCUAAUGGUAAGACAUGUCGGCGGCAUGUUUGAUUACUGCUUGGCCUACUGGCCUUAUGUGCUGAUUGACAAGUUCAAUUACUGCUUGGCCAACGGCAUUGCAUAUUGGUGGGCAUGUUCCAUUACUGCUUGACAUAAUGGCAUUACAUAUGGAGGGGUGAUUACUGCUUGGUCUAAUGGUAUUACAUUUUAGUGGAUAAGUUUCCUUAAUGCUUGGCCUAAUGGCUUUACAUAUUGAUGGGUACAUUCAAUUGCUGAUUGGCCAAAACUACUUGUAGACAGACAUGUUUGAUUAUUGCUGGACUUAUGGCCUUACAUAGAGAAUGAAACAUCUGGAUACUAGUGGCCUAAGGGCAGUGGUUUCAGUUGGCACAACUCAAGAUGAUUCCACAAAGACUUGAGAGAAGUUCUCAAAACGACUUGAGAAGUCCUCAAAAUGACUUUAGAAGUUCUCAAAAAGGUUUGAGAAGUCCUCAAAAAGAUUUGAGAAGUCCUGAAAAAGGUUUGAGAAGUCCUCAAAAAGAUUUGAGAAGUCCUCAAAAAGAUUUGAGAAGUCCUCAAAAAGGUUUGAGAAGUCCUGAAAAAGGUUUGAGAAGGCCUGAAAAAGAUUUGAGAAGUCCUCAAAAAGGUUUGAGAAGUCCUCAAAAAGAUUUGAGAAGUCCUCAAAAAGAUUUGAGAAGUCCUCAAAAAGGUUUGAGAAGUCCUCAAAAAGAUUUGAGAAGUCCUCAGAAAGGUUUGAGAAGUCCUCAGACUUUGAAGUGGGGGAAGAAAUGUAUUUUGGAGAUUUCAUUUUUCAAUUUUCGAUGCCUAUUGUGUGAAAUGUUUACAUCCAAUUCCAGAACAGAAGAAACCAACAUUAAUUCAUGGUGAAUAUCGAAACACCCACCAGUGUUUUUGAGCACAAAGUCCUGAAUUCAUGGUCAAGACCUGACUACUUAAUUCUAGCCACGCCUAUAAAGAAACAGCCUCAUAAGAUGCAAAGCCUCUAAGAACCAACCCUCAUCAUCAUCAUCAUCAACAAUCAUCAAUAUCAUUAAGAUUAAGCCGCCAUCAUCUACGGACCAACGACAAUAUCCUGAUAAUGAGCCACCGCUACAGUGUCUUUUUCAAUCUUGCGUUCGGCUUGGACGGGGAACAUUGUGAAGCGAUUGUCAAGCUUAAUUGUGGUAUCUCACGUUGACACUUUCGGUGUGCUUACUCCCUUCAUGAAUACCAAAGUACCUCAGUAAGGGUUCAACUACUGGGCAAACACAAACCCAAAUGUAGUUGGACGUGGAGGUGGGACAUUUUAUAUCAAUGUUAUAAAUUGGCACAAUUAAAGCAUUCUUUACACAGAUA